AUGAAUUCGGGAGCCUCUCCAGAACCUCCCGCCAAGAAAAGGAGAUUUUUCCAAGAUUCGGACGAACCGACCCCGCCAGUGCAAGAUGGCCCGUCCUCGAACCAGAAACGCUUUUUCGAUGAUAGCUCGUUCGCUAUCAAACCGGAGGUGAACGACCACAGGACCUCAAAUGGUGCAAGCCGCAAUUUGUCACAUACAAAUCGUCCGACAACACACGCAGAGCCUGGAUCAAGACACGAGUCAUCCGAUGUGACUUUUGACCAAGAUGUUUUCGAAAGCUUCGUGGGGGAAAAAGUCAGCCCCGAUGUGCUGGCCAUCAUCCGCAGGAAUUGUGGCGAUAACCUCGAACGAGCCGUUAAUAUGUACCUUGACGGCACUUACAAGAAGUUUCAAAAGCCUAUUCUCUCGAAAUUUGCACGACCGUCGGCUCUGGGCAGCGAACAAUCUGCUUCCGGUAGUCGGUCAAACCAACCUGUCACCCCGCCGAAGAUCUUCCAGAACAUGCCAGAGUCGAGAUAUAUAGGAGCAUUUGGGGCUGAAGGAUGGGCGACUCGAAGCGGUACAAACCUGCUCAAUCACGGCGACCUCAUCAAGAUUGAGCGACAAAAGAUCCAGGCUCCCCAGCCUUCAAAAGGCAAGGGCAAGGCGAGCGGCUCGCCAGUGUCGAAUCUCCGGGGAUCUUAUGCGGCCUCCCGGCGAGUCGAUGUCGUUGUUCGAUUCACUACACAGAAUGGCGUGGAGGUUGGGCGAUUAACCAAGGAAACGGCCAACUGGGUAUCGACACUGAUUGAUGAACAAAUUUGCAAGUUCGAGGCGACAUGUGUCUAUGCACCCGAGCGCAUGCGUACCAAUGACACUGUGUUCUUGCAAAUACGAUGUUCCCUUCUGCGUACUGCGUUCUCCCGAGCUUUUCGACUGGCAGAUGAUCGAUCGAACAGACCUUUCGAGCAAGAAGAGACCACGGACGAGAAGAAGCUCCGGCUUGUGCAGACGGCAAUGAUGAAAUUAUUUCAAGAAAUUAAUCUACAACCCUCUAUGGCCAGUGCGAAAUCUGCAGAGGGAAGGAAAGGGCUGCUUCGAGCCGCCGAGAUGGACGAACAAAAGCAGAAGGAUAUCAACCAGAAGAAACCCAAUCAGGUUGUCAGCAAUGGAACUGAUUCCCCUCCAUCCGAAGAGCCAGAAGAGGGAGAGGAGCUGGAACAAGAUCAGCUUGAUGCGUUGUAUAAGAAGGCACAAUCUUUCGACUUCAAUACGCCGGAAGCCGAACCUGAUGACACCUUCGCAAUGAACCUUCGACCGUAUCAGAAGCAAGCGCUUUAUUGGAUGUUGGCCAAGGAAAAGAACCAGAAGGACAACCGCGAGCUUUCGAUGCACCCUCUCUGGGAAGAAUAUACCUGGCCAGUCAAGGACGUGGAUGAUAAGGAGCUCCCUGUUGUGAAGACUCAGCCAAAGUUCUACCUCAACCCGUAUUCAGGAGAAAUGUCUUUGGACUUCCCGGUCCAUGAGCAGCAUUGUCUGGGAGGCAUUUUGGCUGACGAGAUGGGUCUUGGAAAGACGAUCCAGAUGCUGAGCUUGGUUCACACUCAUAGGUCUGAGGUUGCUCGGCAAGCAAGGUUACAUAAGGGAGAGCUUGCUUCCGUGAACCAGCUCCCACGACUCGGAGCAAAUGCAGGAAUUACGUUAGACGCUCCUUGCACCACCCUUGUUGUCGCGCCGAUGUCCCUCUUGGCUCAAUGGAAGUCGGAAGCAGAAAAAGCAUCGAAAGAAGGAACAAUGAAGAUUGAGCUCUACUACGGUACUGAAAAGACCGACAACCUUCAGGCCCUCUGCUCAAGCGGGAGUGCCCCAGAUCUGGUCAUUACAAGCUAUGGCAUUGUGUUGUCAGAGUUUAGUGCCAUUGCAGCCAGGAAUGGCGACAAAACAUUCCACAAUGGCCUGUUCUCCUUAAAUUUCUUCCGAGUAAUCUUGGACGAGGCGCACAACAUAAAAAAUCGAGCAUCGAAGACAGCCAAGGCAUGUUACGAAAUCUCCGCAAUCCACCGCUGGGUCUUGACCGGUACUCCUAUUGUCAACAGGUUGGAAGAUCUGUUUAGUUUGGUGCGAUUCCUGGGCGUGGAGCCAUGGAACAACUUUUCCUUCUGGCGUACUUUCAUCACUGUGCCCUUUGAGUCUGGGGAAUUCGUGCGAGCUCUAGAUGUCGUGCAGACUGUGCUCGAACCAUUGGUCAUGAGACGAACCAAGGACAUGAAGACCCCCGAUGGCGAGCCCCUGGUUCCAUUGCCGCCGAAACAUGUCGAUGUUGUUAGCGUGGAGUUGUCACAUACUGAACGUGAAGUUUACGAUUACAUUUUCAAUAAGGCAAGAAGAACAUUCUCGAAAAACGUGGAAGAUGGAACUGUGAUGAAGGCGUUCACGACUAUCUUUGCUCAGGUCCUCAGAUUGCGCCAAUCUUGCUGCCACCCGUUGCUUGUGCGGAAUCAGGAUAUUCUUGCAGACGAGGAAGAAGCUAGAGCAGCUGCUGAUGCUGCGUCCGGCUUGGCAGACGAUAUGGACUUGGAGUCCCUGAUUGCAAACUUCUCAGCAGAUAUUGAUGAAGCGUCCCAGGACAGCAACCGGGUAUUUGGUGCACAUGCACUGUCAGAGAUUCGUGACGAGUCUGAGAAAGAAUGCCCCUUCUGUUUUGAGGAGCCAAUGAAAGACCAGAUCGUCACUGGGUGCUGGCACUCGUCAUGCCGCAAAUGCCUUCUCGACUACAUGCAACAUGAGAGUGAUCAAAGGAAAAUCCCCAAGUGUAUCAACUGUCGUGAACCGAUCAACAAGCAGGACCUCUUCGAGGUAGUGCGGCAUGAAGACCAGCUCGACCCAGUAUCAGGAAAACCGCAGAUUAGCUUGCAACGACUCGGUGCCAACACUUCUUCCGCUAAAGUUGUAGCUCUCAUAUCUCACCUCCGCGAGCUGAGAAAGGAACACCCGCGGAUGAAGUCGGUUGUCUUCUCUCAAUUUACAGCAUUCCUCAACUUGAUAGAGCCAUGUCUCACAAGGGCAAAGGUAAAAUAUUUGCGUUUCGAUGGCACCAUGUCGCAAAAGGCACGUGCGGCAGUGCUGCAGGAGUUCACUGAGAGCAAGGAAUUCACAGUCUUGCUCAUCAGUCUGCGGGCGGGCGGCGUUGGGCUCAACUUGACGAGCGCCGGGAGAGUAUUCAUGAUGGAUCCGUGGUGGAGUUUCGCGGUAGAGGCACAAGCCAUCGACCGUGUCCAUCGAAUGGGCCAGGAAGAGGAGGUGCAGGUGAAGCGAUUCGUGGUGCAGGGGAGUGUGGAGGAGCGGAUGUUGAAGAUCCAAGAUAGAAAGAAGUUCAUUGCGACGUCUCUGGGCAUGAUGAGCGACGAAGAGAAGAAGUUGCAGCGUAUUGAGGACAUGAGGGAGUUGCUGAGCUGA